AUGUCGCAGAAGGAGAACGUGAAUCCCGGCCUGGCCAAGUGUGGGGCGCUGACCCCCCUGGCCCCACAGCGGGUGCCCCGGAAGGACCCCCCCACCUCGGACGCCCCCAACCGGAGGGGGGGACCCUGCCCAGGCGCCGGGCGGGUGCCCCUGGAGCCCCCCAGCACCCUGCCCCCCCCGGCCCCCCCCGUCCGCACCUUCUCCCUGGAGGACUUCGAGGUGGGGCGGCCCCUGGGCAAGGGCAAGUUCGGGAACGUGUACCUGGCCCGGGAGCGGGGCUCGGGGCUGCUGGUGGCCCUGAAGGUGCUGUUCAAGUCCCAGGUGGAGAAGGAGGGGGUGGAGCACCAGCUGCGCAGGGAGAUCGAGAUCCAGGCGCACCUCCGGCACCCCAACAUCCUGCGUCUCUACAACUACUUCCACGACCGGCGCCGCGUCUUCCUCAUCCUGGAGUUCGCCCCCCGGGGGGAGCUCUACAAGGAGCUGCAGCGCUGCCAGCGCCUGGACGCCCCCCGCACCGCCACGCUGAUGGAGGAGCUGGCGGACGCGCUGCUCUACUGCCACGGCCGGAAGGUGAUUCACCGCGACAUCAAACCCGAGAACCUGCUGCUGGGGCUCAAGGGGGAGCUGAAAAUCGCCGACUUCGGGUGGUCCGUCCACGCCCCCUCCCUCCGGCGGCGCACGCUGUGCGGGACACUGGACUACCUGCCCCCCGAGAUGGUGGCCGGGGGGGGCCACGACGAGAAGGUGGAUCUGUGGUGCCUGGGGGUGCUCUGCUACGAGCUGCUGGUGGGGAGCCCCCCCUUCGAGAGCCCCUCCCACGCCCAGACCUACAAGCGCAUCGCCCAGGUGGACCUGCGCUUCCCCCCCUCGGUGCCGGAGGGCGCCCGCGAUCUCAUCUCGCGGCUGCUGCGGCUCAGCCCCGGGCAGCGCCUGCCCCUGCGGGGGGUCCUGCAGCACCCCUGGGUCCGGGCCAACUCCCGCCGCGCCCUGCCCCCCAGCGCCCGCUGAGACCCACACUUGGGGGGCAGGGACCCCGCCUCCCCCCCCGACCCGCAUACGGGGGGUGCAAAGUGCUCCGACCCACGCUUACGGGGUACGGACCCUCCCUGCGCCCCACACUUGGGGGGUACGGAGGGUCCCCGCCCCUGCUGCGACCCACACUUGUGGGGCAGGGACCCACAUCCCCCCCCCCCCGACCCGCAUAUGGGGGAUACGGACCUCCCUGACCCACGCUUACGGGGUUUGGACCCUCCCUGCGCCCCACACUUGGGGGUAUGGAGGGUCCCUUCCCCUCUCGCGACCCACACUUGUGGGGCAGGGACCCCCCAUGUCCCCCCCGGACCCACAUAUGGG